UGUAAGUUCACAGCCCAGGUCUGUCCCAUCGCCGCGCGGUCCAGCUCCUGAGCUUUCGGCGCCCGCCGGUCAGUCGCUUGAACGCGCUCAAGCUCCUCAGCCCUGGACCAGAGAGAAGCUGGCGAGGACGAGCCCAGAGAGCACCACUGCCUACGAGCUCUGAGCCUUCCUGCUUCCAGUUUUCAGACGAGUUUUCAACCCUCUUGGGAGAAAGUGAUUUUUGUUAUCUCGAUCCUCUGACUUCAUUGAUCGUUUAUCUUUCUUUUCCAAAUUCCUUGGGCCAACUUUGGUCACACCACACGCACUUGGCAAGUGUUUGGUGUCUGGAAACCUCCCUCUAGGUGUUUCUUGAGGGUGGUGAGAGGAGGCAGCGGAGGCCGCGGUCCUGCGAGCAGACUCUCCCGGCCUGGGUGGUGAGGUCGCGAUGUCCACCAAGGUGCCCAUCUAUCUGAAGCGCGGCAGCCGCAAAGGCAAGAAGGAGAAGCUGCGGGACCUGCUGUCCGCAGACAUGAUCAGCCCGCCACUGGGGGACUUCCGCCACACCAUUCACAUCGGCAGUGGUGGCGGCAGUGACAUGUUCGGUGACAUCUCCUUCCUGCAAGGCAAGUUCCACCUCCUGCCGGGGACGGCGGUCGAGGAGGCCGAGGAGGAUGGUGGCUUUGAGCUGCCCUUCCAGUUCACGCGCACGGCCACCCUGUAUGGGCGGGAGCUCCCUGACGGGCCGUCCCCUCUGCUCAAGAACGCCAUCUCCCUCCCGGUCAUCGGCGGGCCCCAGGCGCUCACCUUGCCUGCCGCCCAAGCCCCACCCAAACCCCCUCGCCUGCACCUGGAGACCCCUCAGCCUUCCCCAGAGCCCUCCCCGCAGGAGGCAGGGAGUGUGGACAUCUGGCGGAUUCCAGAGGCUGCCUCGGCCCACAGUGGGCUGAGCCCCGAGUCUGGGGCUGAGGAGCCCUUCCUGUCCCACGCCAGCUCCCUGCUCUCCCUGCACGUAGACCUGGGGCCUUCCAUCCUGGACGACGUUCUCCAGAUCAUGGACCAGGACCUGGGCCACCUGCAGAUCCCCACAUAGGACCCAAGAAUGGCCAGGCUGGGGUGAAUGCCAGAGGCAGUUGGUGGACACGGCCCUGAUCUAGAAGUUGGGGUCCCAAGGUCCCACCUGCGUGGUUGCUGGCCAGUGAUUUCUCACUUUGAGCCUUUGUCUCCCUCCCUCCCACCCUCUCCCCGUGGACAGAGUGGCCUCUUUGCUUUCCCCUAAGCCCCACGAGGAUAUGUGUAGACGUCAGCCCAAAGUGCCCUGUGCCUCUUGGGCCACCCGGACCCCCACCGCCAACGGCUCCUCAGACCCCUUGGACUAAGGCUCUGCUGAAAUGGACUCUGCUUUUCACCUCCCUCUGCCUCAGCCCCAUCAACGCCCUGCUAGGAGGCGGAGGGUGAGGGAAGACGUGGGGCACAGCCAGCUGGAUCUUUGGCUCUGUGUCCUUAACUGGGAAUAUGGCAUCAGUGACCCAUGUCCCUCCAUCCCACCCCUCCCACAUGACCAGGGGAUUCUGGUUGCAAUAAAACUUGCUGCUG